AUGAACUCCUGGGACGCGGGGCUGGCGGGGCUGCUGGCGGCCACCAUGGGCGUGUCGCUGCUCGCCAACGCGCUGGUGCUGCUCUGCCUGCUGCACAGCGCCGCCCUGCGCCGCCCCGCGCCCGCGCUCUUCACGCUCAACCUCACGUGCGGGAACCUGCUGGGCACCGUGGUCAACAUGCCGCUCACGCUGGCGGCCGUCGUGGCGCAGCGCCAGCCCGCGGGCGACCGCCUGUGCCGCCUGGUCGCCUUCCUGGACACCUUCCUGGCCAGCAACGCCAUGCUGAGCAUGGCCGCGCUGGGCCUGGACCGCUGGGCGGCCGUGGUCUUCCCGCUGCGGUACCGCGCCCGGGUGCGCCCCCGCGGCGCCGCGCUGCUCGUGGCCUACACGUGGCUGCACGCGCUGGCCUUCCCCGCCGCGGCGCUCGCGCGCUCCUGGCUCGGCUUCCACGCGCCCUCCGCGUCCUGCGCGCUGUGCAGCCGCCGCCCCGACGAGCGCCUGCGCUUCGCCCUCUUCUCCGGCGCCUUCCACGCGCUCAGCUUCCUGCUCGCCCUGCUUGUGCUCUGCGCCACGUACCUCAAGGUGCUGCGCGUGGCGCGCGCCCACUGCCGGCGCAUCGACGUGAUCACCAUGCAGACGCUGGUCCUGCUGGUGGACAUCCACCCCAGCGUCCGCGAGCGCUGCCUGGAGGAGCGGCGGCGGCGGCGGCAGCGGGCGGCCAGGAAGAUCGGCACCUUCAUCGGGACCUUCGUCCUGUGCUUCGCGCCCUAUGUCCUCACCAGGCUGGUGGAGCUGUCCGCCACGGUGCCCAUCGCCUCGCACUGGGGGGUGCUGUCCAAGUGCUUGGCCUACAGCAAGGCCGCGUCCGACCCCUUCGUGUACUCGCUGCUGCGCCACCAGUACCGCCAGAGCUGCAAGGAGAUCCUGACCCGGCUCUUCCACCGGCGCUCCCUGCGCUCCUCGGGCCUGGCCGGCAGCUCCCACAGCCAGAACACCCUGCCCAUCGCCGAGUGA